AAAGUUUUCUCUCUGCUUCUUGCUUCUCUGAGCCUUGUUCUGAUGGAAGAGAAUGUCUCAGGAGUCAGCAUAAGGAGUCCCAGUGCCAGGGCAGUGCAGAAGCGCUACUCCGAGGCCACCCUGGCAAGUGAUUACAGCCGCACGAUGGACAACAUGCUCAAGAAGAACUUCGUGGAAUGGUUGCUGGCCAGGCGAGAGAAGAAAAGCGACAACAUCAUUGAGCCAUACAAGAGGGAAGCUGAGCCCCAAGUAACAGCUGUGAAUGGCCAAAACCUGGACCUUGGCACCCAGGAAGCCAAAGACUUCUUUGCCUGGCUUCUAAAAAACAACAAAAACCAGAGUUUUACUUCUCCAGAAGAAUCAGAUUUGAAGGAUGUUUUGAACCAGGAGUUCCUGACAUGGCUCAUUUCAGCUGAUCUCUGCAAAGCAAUGAACGGCUAUCCAGAUGCUCAGUAUCUCCACCGGGUCCUAAAGAAAUUGGGCAUUGCAUAA